AUGACAGGCUGGCUGACCUCAGACCUGCACCUCCGCACACCACCACCCACAUACUGCUCCAGUAUAAAACCUGCAGCCCAUCCUCAGCCUCUGCUCUCCGGACAUCUGCCUGCACUCGCACAACAGUUCAACAGACAGGUGAAGAUGACUGACCUGGAGACCUCGAUGGCCACCAUCAUCGCUGUGUUCCAAAAGUAUUCGGAGAGAGAAGGAGACAAGCACAAACUGAAGAAGGGUGAGCUGAAGGACCUGCUUCACGACGAGCUCCCAGAUCUGAUGGCGAGUGUGACCGACCAGGCCGCACUGGACAGCCUGAUGGAAAGCCUGGACGCCGACGGCGACGCCGAGUGCAACUUUCAGGAGUUCAUGGCAUUCAUCGCCACAGUUACCGUCUGUUGCCACGAGUUCUUCAAGGAUGAGCAUGAAUAAGGAGGCGGCAACAGCCGCCAAGACAAAGGGGAGCCACAGUACAUUAUAAAGAAGCAGAAGCC